GUUCCGGAUCUCCCACCGGGUAUGACAGUAGGCCGGAGACGAGCCGUCAACACUCUGGACCAUAAAACAUGCGCUCUAUUGCACUCUAAACUCAAAGGCAUUCGACUGGAGGAUGUGGCAUUAUCAGCACUCUCGGCAGAGGCGUUGAACAGCGUUGGAGAACGGCGCAACAGAUACACUGCCCGCUCUUCGGAGUCUUCAGCUGCAAGCUUUGGAGCGGCUGGUGUAAGCCAAUUCGGAAUGGCUCGCGGUCGAAAGGGGGGUUACCGGGAACCCGGCCAGAGAGGGCCCUCAGCACUCUUCAUCUUGUCUGAGGAUAACCCUCUCAGGAGAUACACUCGAUUCAUCAUCGAGUGGCCUCCCUUCGAAUACGCCGUAUUGUUGACCAUUAUUGCCAAUUGUGUAGUUUUAGCUCUCGAAGAACAUCUGCCUAAGGGAGACCGAACGCCACUUGCUCAGAAACUAGAAAAAACAGAGCCGUACUUCUUAGGAAUUUUCUGUGUUGAAGCGUUGCUAAAGAUUCUAGCCUUAGGAUUUAUUCUGCACAGCGGAGCGUACCUCAGAAACGUUUGGAACAUGAUGGACUUCGUUGUUGUUGUUACGGGGUUUGUAACGUAUAUUAUCCCGGACAACUUAGAUCUAGAUUUACGAACGUUACGGGCGAUCAGGGUUCUUCGCCCGUUAAAACUAGUGUCGGGGAUUCCAAGUCUUCAAGUCGUCUUGAAAUCCAUCAUCAAGGCGAUGGCUCCUUUGCUCCAGAUCGGAUUGUUGGUGUUAUUCGCCAUUGUUAUCUUUGCCAUCAUCGGUCUGGAGUUCUACAGUGGGGCCUUGCAUAAAACCUGUUAUAGCCUCGAAGAUCCAGCUGAAAUUGUACCUGAAGGAGAACAAGAAACACCGUGUUACGCCUAUACCGUGGCUGCUAAUGUGCCGAACGGUGCCUUCAAAUGCGACAACACUACUUCCUUCUGUAAAGAGGGUUGGAAUGGUCCCAACUACGGAAUCACGUCCUUCGACAACAUAUUCUUUGCUAUGUUGACUGUAUUUCAAUGUAUUACCAUGGAGGGAUGGACGCAAAUGCUCUAUUGGACUAACGACGCCAUGGGAAACGCUGUGAACUGGAUAUAUUUCGUACCACUCAUAAUAUUAGGAUCCUUCUUUAUGCUUAAUCUUGUUCUCGGUGUACUCAGUGGAGAAUUCGCCAAAGAAAGAGAACGAGUAGAAAACCGUCAAGCCUUUCUCAAAAUUCGACGCCAGCAGCAGCUGGAGAGAGAACUUAACGGUUACGUUGAAUGGAUCUGCAAGGCAGAAGAAGUAAUUCUCAAUGAAGAACGAACCACUGAGGAAGAGAGAAUGCAUAUCCUUGAAGCUCGUCGCAGAGCAGCCGUCAAACGUAAGAAAUUGAAAAGUAUGCAUAGCAAAUCGACUGACGAAGAAGAGGACGACGAAGAAGAACCGGAGGACGAAGACUCUGAAACUGGAGGAGAUCUAACUCCUAGGAAGGCUUCCUACUUGAAAACCAAGAUGAAGAACAAGGGAGCUUGUAAAGCUUUCUGGCGCGCAGAAAAACGCUUCAGAUUCAUGAUUCGCCACGUUGUGAAAACUCAAACAUUCUACUGGAUCGUGAUCGUUCUUGUGUUCCUGAAUACAGCAUGUGUGGCCGUAGAACACCAUAGACAGCCGCAGUGGCUCACGGAGUUUCUAUACUAUGCCGAGUUUGCCUUCCUUGGACUCUUUAUUUUCGAGAUGUUAAUCAAGGUAUACGCGCUCGGACCUCGCAUUUAUUUCGAGUCGUCCUUCAACCGAUUCGAUUGCGUGGUUAUCGCGGGCAGCAUUUUCGAGGUGAUCUGGUCAUCCUUCAAAGAAGGGUCAUUCGGUCUCUCUGUGCUGCGUGCGUUGCGUCUGCUGCGAAUUUUUAAGUUCACCAAGUACUGGUCAUCUCUGCGCAAUCUUGUGAUCUCACUGCUGAACUCCAUGCGGUCCAUCUUAUCGCUGCUGUUUCUGCUGUUCUUGUUCAUACUAAUAUUCGCCUUGCUGGGAAUGCAGCUUUUCGGCGGCGUUUUCAACUUUGCCGAUGGCACGCCACCUGCCAACUUCAAUACGUUCCCAAUCGCUCUGCUCACCGUGUUCCAAAUUUUGACCGGUGAAGACUGGAAUGAAGUGAUGUACAGAGGAAUCCAGAGUCAGGGCGGAAUCGAAGGCGGAAUGAUCUACUCAUUAUAUUUCAUCAUCCUUGUCUUGUUCGGUAAUUACACCCUACUGAACGUGUUCUUGGCUAUCGCUGUCGACAACUUGGCGAACGCGCAAGAACUAACCGCUGCUGAAGAAGAGGAUGCGGAGGAAGAACGCGAACGGGCAAAAGAAGAACUAGAGAAAGAAAUGGCUGACCUACAAAGACGCAGUCAAGCCGGCGCCUUGGAUCCACCCCAAGUCAACAUAUGCCCUCCGUCACCGUCGCAGAACUCCGCAUCAACCCCCGCCAAGACCAAAAACUUCAGCUUGUGAGUUGACGAGUCCCUCCAUAAUUGUUUGACGUUUUUGAAUAGCUGGGAGUCCCGGUAUUCGAUGCGCGCUUCCCUCAAAUCAAGCUCUCAUCUCCAUUGCAGUGACAAGGAUGGAUCAGCUGAAGCAAAUGAAGACGAAGAUGAAGAGGUUACGGGUCCAAAACCCAUGCUGCCAUACUCUUCCAUGUUCAUAUGUACCCCGACAAACCCGAUACGCCGAGCAGCUCAUUUCGUGGUGAACCUGCGUUAUUUUGAUCUGUUCAUCAUGGUCACGAUCUCGAUGAGUUCCAUCGCUCUGGCGGCAGAAGACCCAGUUGACGAAGAAUCGUCUUCGAAUACGAUACUGAAUUACUUCGAUUACGCCUUCACUGGCGUCUUUACCGUAGAGAUGAUCCUGAAAGUGUUGGACCAAGGGGUGAUAUUGCAUCCGGGCUCAUAUUGUCGAGAUCCGUGGAAUAUUCUCGACGCGAUCGUUGUCAUAUGCGCACUUAUUGCAUUUGCGUUUGCCGGGAGUUCAACCGGACAAAAUCUCAGUACGAUAAAAUCACUUCGAGUCCUUCGGGUGCUGCGUCCUUUGAAAACCAUUAAGCGAGUGCCUAAACUGAAAGCGGUGUUCGACUGCGUGGUGACAUCGCUGAAAAACGUAUUCAACAUUCUCAUUGUAUAUAUUCUAUUCCAAUUCAUCUUCGCCGUAAUCGCCGUGCAACUAUUCAACGGAAAAUUCUACUACUGCACCGACCACUCGAUGCUUUACGAGCGAGAGUGCCAGGGUGAAUACUUUCAAUACGGGGACGCUCGAAGACCCCCAAAAGUAAUGAAACGUUAUUGGAGACGUCAGGACUUUCAUUACGACGACAUAUCGGCUGCCAUGUUGACGUUGUUCACGGUGCAAACAGGCGAAGGCUGGCCCCAGGUACUGCAAAACUCGAUGGACUCGACGGACGAGGACAAAGGCCCUGUGCCUAGAUAUCGAAUUGAAAUGUCCCUGUUCUACAUUGUAUUCUUCAUCGUGUUUCCAUUCUUCUUUGUGAACAUUUUCGUUGCCUUGAUCAUCAUCACAUUCCAAGAACAAGGUGAAAAGGAACUUGAAGAAGGAGAACUGGAUAAAAACCAGAAAUCGUGCAUAGACUUCGCGAUUCAGGCAAAGCCAUUACAGCGCUACAUGCCGAAAAACAAAGAAAGCGUCAAAUAUAAAGUUUGGAAAAUUGUUGUUUCAACACCAUUUGAGUAUUUUAUACUCGUACUCAUCGUACUUAAUACCGUCCUGCUCAUGAUGAAAUUUCACAACCAGAAUCAACAACUUACGCGAGUUCUCCAUUACCUUAACGCUACGUUUACUGGGCUGUUCACAGUUGAAUCGAUUCUAAAGCUGGUUGCCUUUGGAGUAAGGAACUUCUUCAAAGAUUCGUGGAACACGUUCGACUCUAUCACUGUGAUCGGGUCUAUCAUUGACGUGUUGGUUGUCGAAUACGGGAUUAGUUUCUUCAACGUCGGUUUCCUUCGACUAUUCAGGGCUGCCCGUCUCAUCAAACUACUGAGGCAGGGUUACACCAUUAGAAUUCUUUUAUGGACCUUCAUCCAAUCAUUCAAAGCUCUUCCCUACGUCUGUCUCCUCAUCGCAAUGUUGUUUUUCAUCUAUGCGAUCAUCGGGAUGCAAGUUUUCGGGAACAUCCAGCUUGCAUCCGACUCUCAAAUCACAAGACACAACAACUUCAGAAACUUCUUCCAAGGAUUGAUGCUUUUGUUCAGGUGUGCCACUGGAGAAGCGUGGCAAGCCAUCAUGUUGGCUUGCAUAAAAGGACGACCAUGCGAUUCGCAAUCGAAAAAAACUCAAUCAGAGUGCGGCUCCAAUCUGGCGUACGCCUACUUCGUGUCAUUCAUAUUCUUCUGUUCAUUUCUGAUGCUCAAUUUGUUCGUGGCCGUCAUCAUGGAUAACUUCGACUAUCUGACGAGAGACUCAUCUAUUCUCGGAGCCCAUCAUCUCGAUGAAUUCAUCCGAGUGUGGGCGGAGUACGAUCCAAAUGCCACCGGGUACAUCCACUACGCGGAGAUGUACGACAUGUUGAGGAAUAUGGAUCCUCCCCUUGGUUUUGGUAAUAAAUGCCCUUACCGGCUGGCUUACAAGAAAUUAAUUCGUAUGAAUAUGCCUCUGACGGAGGAUGGCAAGGUCAACUUUACCUCGACCCUGUUUGCGUUGAUCCGGGAGAAUUUGUCGAUCAAAAUGAGAUCAGCUGAAGAGAUGGACCAAGCCGACAAAGAGCUGAGGGUCACAAUUCAGAAGCUGUGGCCACUUCAAGCUAAAAAGGUCACGGACAAGUUUAUUCCUCCUGAUUCGGAGCUGCGUAAAGGGAAAUUAACUGUAGGCAAGAUCUAUGGCGGACUGCUUAUUUUAGAAAAUUGGCGAACCACAAAGUUCGGACAGAUUCCAGGAUCUGGAAGUCUCGCGGUGGAACAAAUGGAAGCGGCGGCAGCGCAGCAGCGGGUGAGCCACAUUGCCCAAAGUCAUCACAGCGGACAAAUGUCCGGUUCGGACUCGGGAGCUCCACACAUGCCCUCGAGCCAUCUUCACCCGGAGCACAGUCUCAGAGGGCGUUCCCCGUCGCCGCGCCGCCGUGGCUCAAUGUCGCCUCCAGACGGACGCCCAGAUGGAUGUCGGUCUCCUUACAUGCGAGGUCGGUCGCCAUCGCCCUCGCCUCGAAGGGUGUUAGCAGACGCAGUUAGCGAUGUUGUCGACAUGGUUAAGUAUGAGACCUCAAGGAGAGGACGUGCAAGAGCCCGAUUGCACGGAGACGAAUACUUCUCGUCACCUCAUCGAUUCGAGAGAUCCCCAAGUCGCUAUCGUCAGCGGCAUCAGUAUCAUUACCAUGGUGCCGCUGCGUCAGGCUCUGCUGUGAUUAGUAGUAGGCACACGAGUCCAGAGUAUAGAACCACCUCGUUGAGCCGACGGUCUAGAUCUCCGUCGCCUAGUAGUCAACAUUCCUCUCAACAUCAUGCGUCCUCGUCUCACCACCAUAGACAACAACUUUGUAGAUCUCCCACCCACAGCGAGUACUACGGCACGACUCAACUGGAGCAGCGUUCGCGGUCUCCAAGUCCGGCGACGUCAGCUCAAAGCUUGCCAAUCGCUGCAGGUGGAUCUGGCCGGAUUCGUAGAGCAAGAAUGCUUCCGGCCAUCCCAAACAAACCUUCUACUUUACUAUUGCCCCAUUCUGCCAACUGGGACGUCGCUGCUGACACCGACUAUGAACUUCCAUCUGUGGCUCAUUCGCCUACACUGGCGCAGUACCACCAGGCUGGUUCGAUCAACUUCCCGCGAGUGAGCGCGUCGCCCACUCAUGCAACUCCGUCUCACGUCGCUGCAGCAUGGAGCAGACAUCAGCAUCUGCAGCGGCAACAACACAUCCCAUCACAACAGCAACAACAACAAUUAUUAUUACCACCGCCCUCUCAGCAGCAGCCGUUGCUAGAAGCGGACGAACAAGACUUCUCUGAUUACGACAGAUCGACAAGCUCCCAGCAACCCCUUUACUAUGGGGACCUUAGGCACCCUCCGAGACAACUUCAGUCGCCAGUACAACAGUUACCGAAUGGUUAUAAGCCAGGAGACCCACUCUGGGGAGGGCUACAAAAACCAAGGGACACCAUCAUUGCCGUAAGAGCUCCCCGCGGCUAUCACGAUUCUGAUGACGAGUGGUGUUGA